UGAAGGGCUCCUUUUUCAAAGAGUGCAGAAGGGACACCGGUGGAUUCUGACAAGCAGGUUUACUCAAAGUGUCUCAUGGCCACAGAACAUGCUCUGAUUUAGUCUGGAUGAAAAAGUACUUUGCAUCAAUCCCAAUGGACGUGUGGAACUCGACCGAGGUUGUGUUCAACGAGUCUGUGCGCAACACCUCCCAGGGGUACGCAGAGGAAGAGGAGCAUCCUUUCCUCACCGAUGCCUGGCUCGUACCGCUCUUCUUCUCCCUCAUCAUGCUGGUGGGGCUCAUCGGCAACUCGCUGGUCAUCUAUGUGAUCUCCAAACACCGUCAGAUGAGGACAGCCACCAACUUCUACAUAGCUAACCUGGCUGCCACGGACAUCAUCUUUCUCGUGUGCUGCGUGCCCUUCACGGCUACACUCUACCCUCUACCUGGCUGGAUCUUUGGGGACUUUAUGUGUAAAUGUGUCGCUUUCCUUCAGCAGGUUACAGUCCAGGCUACUUGCAUCACUCUAACAGCAAUGAGCGCGGACCGUUGCUAUGUGACGGUUUAUCCGCUGAAAUCCCUGCGCCAUCGCACUCCUCGCAUUGCCAUGAUAGUCAGCAUCUGCAUCUGGAUUGGUUCUUUCAUCCUAUCCACACCGAUUUUUAUGUAUCAGAGGAUAGAGGAGGGCUACUGGUAUGGACCCAGGCAAUACUGCAUGGAGAGGUUCCCCUCUAAGACACACGAGAGGGCUUUCAUUCUCUACCAGUUCAUAGCUGUUUAUCUACUGCCUGUCUUCACCAUCUCCUUCUGUUACUCGUUCAUGCUCAAAAGGGUUGGCCAGCCUGCAGUGGAGCCUGUGGAUAAUAACUAUCAGGUCCACUUGCUCUCAGAGAGAACCAUCACCAUCAGGAGCAAGAUCUCUAAAAUGGUUGUGGUCAUUGUCCUACUCUUCACUGUCUGCUGGGGUCCCAUCCAGAUCUUUGUCCUCUUCCAGUCGUUCUACCCGAACUUCAAAGCCAACUACACAACCUACAAGAUUAAGACAUGGGCCAACUGCAUGUCUUAUGCCAACUCCUCCAUCAAUCCCAUUGUGUACGGGUUCAUGGGAGCCAGCUUCCGCAAGUCCUUCAAGAAGACCUUCCCCUUCCUGUUCAAGCACAAGGUACGGGACAGCAGUGUGAACUCGCGCACCGCCAAUGCUGAGAUCAAGUUUGUCGCCACAGAGGAGAGCAACAAUGGAAGAAAAUGAAGAGAAGCGAGCUGUGCAUCAGGGGAGCCUUUUGUCUUUCCUGGGAACUGAUGGCAAGUUGCAGUUUAAACACAGAGGGUGGCGUGCACAUGCAUCGAUUCCCAACAUUUGAAUUGAAACUGAUAAAGUGCCAAAUGUGAUUUAAAAAUGUUUUUCAAAGUUUUAUAGCCGUACCAGAGACGCUCCAAAAAAUAGCUGUGGUGGUUUUCUAAAUACAACACCAACAUGCAUUUGACAUGCAUUAAGAUUUAUGAUUCACAUUCACAAAGAUCACCAUAAACCUUUCAGUCCUUUUCAGUGCAAUUUAAAUGUGAGGUUAAAUCCAUAUGUGACUAGGCAUGAAAUAAUUCACCAGUCAAUGAUCAGCAAUCAAAAACUCAACAGGGAUGCGUGUUCCUUCCGCAGGGGCACGUAUUGCGAGAGAAACUCACGCUGGUGCAGUAAAACAAACAGAAAAGUGGAAUUCCGGGGCAGUUGGAUGGAUGGCCUGUCAACGUUGAUACGCAGGAGCUUGCAGGGUGUUGGCUAAAUAAGCCGUGUCAACUGUUGACUGAGUCACCGUAUCUGGGCCCGCUCCAACACCUCCCUCUGUGCAUGCAGCUCUAUUCAGUCCUGGGCUCCAAGUCCUUGGCCCCACCCCGGUGGCCUGGGCAGGUUCAGGGUCUUUCCGGGCCAUAUUUACAUUCUCUUCACCUUACUUGCCAUGGUGUGGAAGAAGGGUGACUCAUGUUGGUUUUCAGCUUUAUGGUUUUUUUUUUUUUUUUUCAUCUAGAGAGUAAUAUUGUGUUGGAUCAAUGGGACUCACCCUGUCAUUGGUCCAAACUCACAGAAAAAAUAUGUGGAUUAAAAUAUACUGGAGGAAGAAUAUUAGCAACAAUGCAGGACUUUGUAGAUAUUUGCUAACAAUUUCUGGCAGCAAAAUAAGGUGUUUUAACAGACCACUUUUAUUAUAUUUUUUUGUAAAAUACGCUCUGAAAAAACAGCAAUACAUUAUGUCUUGUGAAUCUCAUUUGAAUUUGCCAUGUUUGUAAGAGUCAUCAUUUAUGUGCCUAUUUGUAUGCCAAGAUGGCUGUGUGGACUUUAAUUUAGGCUGUACAUGGGAAAAGAUUAAUGCUGAUUGUGACAGGCUUCACCUCUGUGAUUUAUUGAUUUUAAUCACUUCAUAAUUUGUGUUAAUCAAGAGGCUGUGAAACGUAUAGUUAAAAAAAAAUGUGUUUAGUUUAACAAGUGCAUUAACAAAGACGAAUCACUGCAGACAUGGAAUACAAAUUUUUGCUGUAAAAUGCAGAGGCUUGUUGGUGAUUAUGUGACUUUCUAUGUUUAGCGCCUAAUGUUCUGUACGUGUUCUAAUAUAAUUUCAAGCAGAACAUUCUCCAAUUAAAUUGAGUUUAUGUAUGUACCAAACAAGUUAAAUAAAUCAAAUGCAAUGCA